CACAAGCACAAACUCAAUCAUUUGCGCGCGGCCAAACAGGAGAGAGCGUCAAGGCCAUUAGUUUGGAAGCUUAAAGCUUCAUGCUUUUAUUUAGAGAGAGAGAGAGAGAGAGAGAGAGAGAGAGAGAGAAACGUUUCAGAAAACAUUUUUUUUACAUGUUAACGUUGUUGGUUUUACAUCGCGAGACAUUUAUAUCUGUGUCUCUGUGAGUCAGCAUUUCAUUUGCUCUGUUCCUGAAUCUUUGGAUGUACAAAGAUCUCUCGCCUCCUCCAGGUGUUUGUGAACGGUUUCCUGGUUUUGUUGGGUUGGUGCGUCAUCAGUGACCAAAAUGGCUGUAUUCGUCUGCAAUCAUGAGUCACCAUGGUGUCAUCUCUGUAGCACAAAGUGAGACUACAAAAGGAGUCAAACCGUCAUACUGUAAUUCCCCUUCCCCAACACAUAAUUUUUGGGGUAGUGAAUCAGAAGGCAGGAGUUUCACAGCCAGUGAUUGUUCAUCUCCACGCGUGUCUCCUUUCAUACGGGAAAACUCUUUUGGACCUCCUACUAAUAUGCAAGGAUCCCCUGUUCAGCAUUCCAAGAGCGCGUUUUCACGUUCUUCUGUUUUCUGUACCAGCUUGUAUCAGUCUUCUUCAUCGAGCCCCGAAACCUCUCGUCAGCUUGGGAAUUUGCCAUUUCUUCCACAUCCUCCAACAUAUGGCCAGUCCAUUUCUGCUGUUGAUUCAAAAUCUCCAUUGCUUUUUAGCGAGGAUAAAAGCAAUCAAUAUGAUGACAAACAAUCAGAGGAUCUCAUGAAAGACUUUCUUAAUUUGCAUGGAGAUUCCUCACACGGAAACGUCCAUGGUAUUAGUUAUGGAAGUGACACUCUAGCACUUACAGAACAAUUAGACUUACAAUUUUUGUCAGAUCAACUUGACAUGGCUAUCACGGACAAUGGAGAGAAUCCUGGGCUUGACGAAAUAUAUGAGAUUCCUCAACCCUCACCAAAACCGGAUAUAGGACUGACAGCAUGUAGUGAGGGUUGUCGCUUGACAACACCGCUCGUUGAUGCUCUUACAAGUCACCCCUCUCCCGGGCCAGCCACCGCACAUAGGCCAAGAAUGCGAUGGACGCCUGAACUCCAUGAGCGUUUUAUAGAGGCCGUUAACAGGCUUGAUGGGGCUGAAAAGGCCACUCCGAAAGGUGUAUUAAAGGCUAUGAAUGUUGAGGGCUUAACCAUUUAUCAUGUGAAAAGCCACUUACAGAAAUACCGACUUGCCAGGUAUAUGCCAGAGAAAAAGGAAGAUAAGAAGGCCUCUAGCUCUGAAGAAAAGAAAGCAACUUCUACCAUUAACGAAAGCGAUGGACGUAGAAAAGGGAGCAUUCACAUCACCGAGGCUCUGCGCAUGCAAAUGGAAGUUCAGAAGCAACUGCAUGAGCAGCUUGAGGUUCAAAGGGUCCUUCAGCUACGCAUAGAGGAACACGCAAAAUACUUGCAGAAGAUCUUGGAGAAUCAGCAGAAAGCCGGCAGUGCUUUACUUCCUCCGCAAGCUUUGUCAUCACUGACGAUUAAUUCCGCUCAAGGUGUCCGCGCAACUGCCUUCAUCAACCUGUGUAUCACCCCCACAACCUGCCGUGUCUGACUCAUCAUCGCCUCAAUCACUAAAGCAUAAAGCUACUGACUGUAGUGACUCUGAGCCGCAGACGUGUGCCAAAAAGCCCCAUCUUGAAGAGAGACCGGAUGAGGGUGUGGUCGAAAAUCCUCAAUUAUAACUGCUUCCACAACACCUACUCCACCUCUAAAGUCUCAAGUCCAUUGUUUGUAUCAUGUAUAGAACUUCCCAGCUUUUUGUAGCUAAAACUAGCAAUUGAAUUAAUAUUGCUUGACUUGUAUCUCUUGACAGAAAAUUAGUAAUUAAAUGAAGAGAUCAUCUUUUCAGUUCA